GACGGACAGCCCUCCCGCCACCGACACCACUCCUCUCUGCUCUCUCCCCCGGUCGCACGCGCGGUUGCCACUUCGCUUUCAUCCCCACUCCCAUUUUUAUCUCCUCACCAGAUCCCCGCCACCAGCUACCGCAUUCCCCAAAGAUCCAGAUCACACCAAACGGGGGCAGCCCAGAUCGAGCACCCGAGCUCCCGAGAAGAAGCGAGAUCCAGAUCGAGCUGAGCUGCCCGGGCCGCCGGAGCUGAGCUGAGCUGCUCUGACCGCCGGAGGCGAAGAAGAAGAAGAAGAAGAGCAAGAAGAUGAAGCGGAAGACGCGGAACAAGAUCGUGGUGACGGUGCUGCUGCUGGGGGCGGCGGCGGUGCUGAUCGGCGGCACGCUGGCGCUGAUCCUGACGGCGGGCACCUGGAAGGUGAAGCUCAAGGAGUCGCAGGAGAAGGUGUGCAACAAGGGGUGGGAGUGCUCCGGCACCAAGUACUGCUGCAACCAGACCAUCACCGACUUCUUCAAGGUGUACCAGUUCGAGAACCUCUUCGCCAAGCGCAACUUCCCCGUCGCCAAGGCCGUCGGCUUCUGGGACUACCAGGCCUUCAUCACCGCCGCCUCGCUCUUCGAGAACCAGGGCUUCUGCACCACCGGCGGCAUCGACAUGCAGAUGAUGGAGCUCUGCGCCUUCCUCGGCCACGUCGGCGCAAAGACCUCAUGUGGAUACGGCGUGGCGACCGGCGGUCCGACGGCGUGGGGGCUGUGCUACAACCACGAGAUGAGCCCCGACCAGGGCUACUGCGACGACUCCUACACGCAGUGGCCCUGCGUCAAGGGCGCCGAGUACUACGGCCGCGGCGCCAUCCCGGUCUACUGGAACUUCAACUACGGCGCGGCCGGGGACGGGCUGAAGGUGGACCUGCUGCACCACCCGGAGCUGCUGGAGCAGAACGCGACGCUGGCGUUCGCGGCGGCCAUGUGGCGGUGGAUGACGCCCAUCAAGAAGAAGCAGCCGUCGGCGCACGAGGCUUUCACGGGGGUGUGGAAGCCCAGCAAGAACGACACGCUGAGCAAGCGCCUCCCGGGCUUCGGCGCCACCAUGAACCUCCUCUACGGCGAGUCCAUCUGCGGCCGGGGCUUCAUCGACGAGAUGAACGUCAUCAUCUCCCACUACCAGUACUACCUCGACCUCAUGGGCUUCGGCCGGGAGCGCUCCGGCCUCAACCUCGACUGCGCCGAGCAGGCCCCCUUCAACCCCGCCCCCAAGAAGGACGACGAGCAGCAGCCCACCGGCGGCCAGAAGCCCUCAGGCUAGCACCAUGUUGCUGUAUAAAUAUUCUUACCACGCCAUUGCCUGCUCCCCAGAGCUACGCCGAGCUGCCGAUUCUUCAGCGUGUGAGCUGCUUUGGUGCCAUUUUGGGUAGCUGAUCCGAGAGCUGUGUAUGUGAAUUGGGAAAACUUUAGCCUGGGUGUGUACCACGGUGUCCAUUUUCAUUUGUUUUUGUUUCAUUUUUUGUGUCACACAUAUGUCUAAAGAAGAGAAUUCGAACUGAACAUAGGCAACAUAUCCUACCAUGACUCUGCUCAACUUUCUGUAUAUGUUCCACCUGAGUAAGGUAUUGCUUGAUUUAUCCAUGUAUAAAUACCAGUUUGGCCUGACUAAGGUGUUGCCUGA